AUGGGAGUGAAGGGCCUGUGGUCGAUCGUAGCCCCCGUGGGGGUGCGGGUUAACCCGGAGAUUUUCACGGGGAAGCGAAUCGCCAUCGACGUAAGCAUCUGGUUGUACGAACUGACCUACGCGAACAACUUGAAGGUGCUACGAAAUGGAGCAGUGGACAACAUGAGCAUCUUUAACGACCUAUGGAUGGAUUUCUCUGAAAAUAUGAACAGCGACAUGGGGACGGAAAACCUGAAAAAGGUCCACCUCUACUUUUUCUUCCUCCGAAUAUGUAAACUUCUGUAUUAUAAUAUAAGGCCCAUUUUCAUUUUUGACGGAACCCCGCCCGAACUGAAGAGAAAAACCAUCUUCCAGAGAAAUAUGAGGAGGAGAAACGAUGAGGAAAAAUUCAAGAAGACUGCCGAAAAACUUAUUUACAAUUAUUACCAAAGGUCGCUAUUAAAUUCGUUGAAAGGUAAUAAAAGGAGUACCCCGAAAAGGAAAAAUAAAAAUGAGGAAGAAGGGGUUAUCUCUCAAGGACAGUCAUCCUCAUCUGUUGGUUUGAACACCAUAGUGGAAAGAAACCCUCCUUCCUCGUCACCACCGCAAUACACAUAUGGUCUGAUCGAAAUAUACGAUAGCAUUAGAGAAAAUGAGGCCUCACUUGGGAACAUGGUAGAACACAUAGGUAACGUGGCCGUCAGCGUGAAGGACGUUUUGAACAUAUGUAACGAUGAAGACUUGAAGAAGAUACAGAACAAGGUUCUUAUGAUUAGCGAUUUGGAGGUGCAAAAUAGGGGGGUGACUGAAAACAUGAAGGGGAAGGAGCUGCCAAAUGAGGGGAAGGAGACUGGAGAAAGGGACAACGGGGUGGACAAUCCCGUACAAGGAGGAAGGACAAACGGGGAGGAUGAAUAUGCGGUCAUCCUGGGAGGAGAAUAUUCACCACCAGAUGAACACCCAAAUGAUGUGGACAACAAAAUUGAUGAAGAAAUUGUGAGGAAGAAACAUAUGGCCAGGAAGAAGUACUAUGAGAGCAUCCCCAAAAAUUUCAAGGGGUUCUUGUGCAUGCGUAGGCCGGUUGAUAUUAUCGACAUAAGCAACUAUAGUACCGACAUUUUGGAGUUCACACGCAAGUUGGGGGAGGAUCAGACGGAUGGAGCGGUCGAAGGGGGCACACAGAGGGAGGAGGCCGGAACGCCCUUAAUGGUAGGAAGUAGGGAGCAGGAUAGCGUGGGGAAGAAGGGAGGACCAGAUAAUGCAUUCCUUCUCCCCAGUGAUGCAGACACCCCGGAAAAAGAACCCCCCGACGAGGAAACCUCCAACAAGGAAACCCCAAACCGGGAACCCCACAAUCGGGAAGAGAUCAACGUCCUGGAGCUGCCCUCCACCCUGGACCGGGCCGAACUAUUCCGCGAAGGGAAAGACGAAUACAAAGUGUACUACGUAAACAACGAGGAAAUAAAAAUCCCCCUCUUUAAGGAGUUAAAUAAAGACGUGUUUGAAAAGCUACCCAUAAAAUUGCAGUACCAAAUAUUGCAAGACAUAAAGGAGGAGUGGUAUGUGGAUAACAGGGUGAAGGCCAUAAAGGCCAAAGACGACAUGGACAUAUUUUCGCAGGUGCAGUUGGAGACCUACGUGAGGAUGAUUAAAACGGACUUUGAAAUAGAAAAACUUAAAAUAAAAAUGGCCGAAAAUAUACAGAACGCUGAGGGAGAACUCAUCGUAAAUAAAGAACUGUCAAAACACUUCGACAGCCUCAGUGUCAGAGAUUACAACGAUGUGAAUAAGAAAAAAAAAAAAAAAAAAAAAAAAAAAUACAUCAAUGAGAUUUUGAAUCAGUGCUAUUUCGAGGGGGGAAAUGACCAGUACCAGGAGCUUUACAUUAAGGGGGAGGAAGACGAAAAGGAGGAGGGACUCCUUAUGAAUGCCCCGUUGGGGGAGGAAGAAACAAACCUACAUUCUGAUCAACGCACCUCCAUAGAGGCCUAUGGACAGGUAGAACUGGCCAGAAGGAAGGACGCAAUUAGGCCCAAAGGGGAAAAGCAUGAAGAGGAUAACGAAAAAAAGGCAAUGAUAAAAAUGGAAAACGAAUUUAAGCAGGACCUGCUGCUCGACGAUGAGGAGCUUUUCGGGGAAGAUCUCCUUCGAGUGGGAGAAACACAACCUGGGGCGAAAAAGGCAGAUGCAGAGGAGCAGCUCACCCUGUUCGAACAGACUGAUAUCCACAAAAAUACAAACUCUUCCCCAAGCGUCCACAGCAGUGGAGAUGACUUCGAAAAUUGUAGUGUGGACGAGAAGGGGCAAAUCAUAGAAAAGGAGGAGGUGCAAAUCGCACAGAACGUUAUUGACCUAACCAGCAGUGAUGAACAGACGGAGGGGUCAAUCCAAAUUAAUGAAGGAGAAGAAAUUUGCGAAGCAUCCAAGGAGCUACACAUUGAUGAUGAGAAGGAAGUACCUGAUGAAGCGGUGCAGAUUCUGCGGGAAGCUCCCCCAGGUGGGGAAAGCGAACAGGUUGAAUCCCCGCCAAUGCAUGAUAAGGUGAACAGUUUAAUAGUUAAUUCUUCCAGUGGGGAAGACUCCCCGAAAGGGGAACAUCCUCCCGAGGGGGAAUCCUCCCUCUAUGAGGACCUCCCUUCAGAGAUGCCCCUUUCGACCUCCAUCGAGUUGGCAACUGAAACGGAAAAUUUGAUCACGCCGCACCCCAUCAGUGGGGAGGAAGAGAAAAUCUGCGAGGCGAUGAAAAAGGUGAAACAAAAAGUAAGGCGAUUUCUUAGCAAAGAAAAAAUAAACGAUCUGCUACUGAACAAGGUGGACGUGGACACGGUGGGGAAGGAAACUUACCUAGAGAACUUGCUCAGCAAUAAGGUGUUGCUGGACGGGUUUGGCGUGGGAGCAGAAGAUGAACAUAAGGUUGGCGGUGAAGUUUCCGAUGGGGGAAUGUUGGCCAAUAUAUUCCUCGACGGGGAAGCCACCCUUGAUGAUCAAAAGCAGCUUCGCGAUAGCCGCGUGGUGGACGCCUACCUGGACCAAACGAACAAAGAAAAUGAACAUCUGGUGAAGGAGUACAGGAAGCUGAAAAAAAAUAACAUAGAAAUAAACGAAGAAAUGAAUGAAGAUGUCAAAAUUCUGCUCAACAUGUUUGGAAUACCCUAUGUGCAAUCCCCCUGUGAAGCAGAAGCACAAUGUUCCUACCUGAAUUGCAAAAAUUACUGUGACGCGAUCAUAAGUGACGAUUCGGAUGUGCUUGUUUUUAGCGGUAAAACGGUGAUAAAAAAUUUCUUCAAUAGGAAAAAAACUGUAGAGGUAUAUGAAAGGAAGCUCAUAGAGGACAAGUUGGGUUUGUACCAAGACGAAUUAAUUAACCUGUCGUUGCUGUGUGGAUGUGAUUAUACCAUUGGAGUCCACGGUGUAGGAAUUGUAAACGCCUUGGAAAUUAUUAAAGCCUUCCCCACCUUUGAAGAUUUAAAAAAAUUGAAAGAGAUCGUAUCGAACCCCUUUAGAGACCUCAGCAAGGAUGAUAAAUAUUUCCACAAUGAAGAGGUACAGCGUUUUUUAAAGACGCACAAAAAUUAUAAGCUCAAUUGGAUCUUCCCAAGAAAUUUCCCAGACAGGGAAGUCUACAAAUGCUUUAAGUACCCCAAGGUAUGCACAGACAUAGAAAAGUUCCAAUGGCAUCAUCCAAACAUUAGUCAUAUAAGCAGAUUUUUACACAAAGAAACAAACAUCGCAGAGGAAAAAAUUUAUAAUGUGCUGAAUCCUAUUUUGCAAAAGUACGAUGUUAAGGUUAGAAGCUACCAACUCAAGUUAGACCACUUUUUUCCCCUCAUUGAAAGGAAGAGAAAGAGCGUCGACAAUUUGAUAGACAUAAUUCGGGAUAACCAGAAGGGCAAAAGAAAAACCACCAACAGCGGUAAAAGAGGCAAAAAUAGCAGGAAUAGCAAGGCCAGUUUUGGAACUAGUUCCACACCGGAUAGAGAUAUCACGACCCUCAUUGACUUGAACCCAGCGGGCGUCAUCCGGUCCAAGCGCAUGUCCACGGCACUAGACCACAUAAAGGGCCGCUCCCGCAAAAGGGGUUCCAAAUGA